GAGCCGCGUCACUUCGGGCGCCAUUUUUUGAAACUGAAAACAGCGGUUAUAUUUUGGUGCAGCGGGUCAUUAAACAGCUCGGCAUGGCCUCCAUCAAGGAUCCUGAUGUCGUGGAACAGUUCAGCAGCAAACUGGAGGAGAUAAGGACUAAGUUGUUGAUACAGGCGAUGGGAGAAAUGAUGAACGAAGCAACAUCGCAGUUCUGUCAGGGACAUAAACAGUACAUGAAGUCUGUGCUCGACACAUGCUCAAAGAAAUGCAAGGAGGAUGAAACUAUGUUUGAAACUAUAGAAGCCUACAUGGAAGAUUUGAAAGUCAAGAGUUCUGUCAUGAAGGAAAAGCAUACAGAACGGCCUGAGAUUGUGGAAGAGAUUGAAGACAAAGAAAGGCAUAAGGAAUUUAUAAUGCAGAAGAUUGAGAAGCUCAAGGUGGACCAAGCUAAAAGCAGAGAAUUGAUUCACUUACAAAACAAGGCCAACAAGGACAGGCUAAAGAACCUCAACAAGAUUAAAGAGAUCUUUCAGGAAAGGCUAAGUCUUGAGAUUAGAAAAAUCCAGGGUGAGAAGCUGCAGUUCAUCUUCAGAAAUAUCAACCACAAGAAUCCAGAAAGUGCCUACACCUUCCUUUUAAGGAUAAAUGAGGAGGGUGUGUACCAGAUUGUAUCCUGUGAUCCUCCGCUGGUGCAGAUGGAACAUCUGGAGCGUAGACUGCAGGAGACCAACAACUUCUCUGCCUUUCUCGCCAACGCCAGAAAAGCGUUUGUGGCACUGUGCAGAGCUACAAAGACUGCCUGAUUUUAUGUAAAUAUUGAUGGCAAACAGAAUCUGUGGGUGUUUGUUUUUUUUUUUGUUUGUUUUUUUUUUUUUGUUUUUUGUCAAAAGCUAAAUGGUCACAGUUGGAUUUUUAUUUGAAUUUGAAUUAUUAUGAGCUACUCACCAGUAGCUCAGAAUAAUGAACUUUAUUUUAUUAGUAUUUUAUUGCAUGUAGCCUAAUACCUGUUU